AUGAUUAUCUACAAGGACGUGAUCACGGGCGACGAGCUCAUCUCCGACUCCUACAACAUCAAGGAAAUCGACGGCGCCGUCUACGAAGCCGACUGCACCAAGAUCGCGAUCGGUGGUGACAACAUCGAUAUCGGUGCUAACCCCUCGGCCGAAGAGGGCGGCGGCGACGACGUCGACGACACCAAGCAGCAGGUGAUCGACGUGGUCUACUCCUUCCGGCUCCAGGAGACGCAGUUCGAUAAGAAGAGCUACCUCAGCCACUUGAAGGGGUACAUGAAGGCGGUCAAGGAAAAGAUGAAGGAGAGGGGCGCCAGCGACGAGGCGGUCAAGGAGUUCGAGACGGGCGCAAGCGGGUACGCGAAGAAGAUUGUGGCGAAUUUCAAGGACUACGAGUUUUUCAUUGGGGAGAGCAUGGACCCGGAUGGAAUGGUCGUCCUGCUCAACUACCGCGAAGAUGGUGUGACUCCUUUCAUCACGAUCUGGAAGCACGGUCUGAAGGAGGAGAAGGUCUGA